AUGCAUUCUGACAUCAAGCAUUGGGUUCGGAAUUGUGUGCAAUGUCAACGUACCAAAACCCACCGGCACACUCACUUAGCCCCGUCACGAUUUCUGCCGCCUGAUUGUCGUUUCGACUACCUGCACAUCGACCUCGUUGGCCCUUUGCCCCACAGUCAAGGCUAUAACUACAUUCUCACGUCCAUUGACCGCUACGCCCGUUGGCCCAAAGCAGUCCCAAUCCCUGACUCAACCGCAUCGACUGUUGUCACGGCCCUUGUGAGCACCUGGAUAUCCCGAUUCGGCGCCCCGUCCAUCAUCACUACAGGCAGGGGUCGGCAAUUCGAGUCCGCACUUUUUGCUGCCCUCACUAACUGUAUAGGAAAAAAACGUAUCAGGACAACCGCAUACCAUCCGGCGUCCAACGGCCUUGUGGAGCGGUUACACCGCCAGCUCAAAGUGGCGCUAAGAGCAGCACCACAAACACCAUGGCCUGAAGUCCUCCCCAUCGCACUCCUGGGCAUCCGCACCACUUUCAAGCCGGACCUCAGGUGCACUGUGGCCGAACUUUGUUUACGGCACAACUCUCCGCCUUCCAGGCGAACUCUUAUCACCACCAGCGGACGAUCCACCAGCCAGCAAGGUCGACUACGUCUCCUACCUCCGUCUCAUCAUGGACGCACUUCGACCGAGCUCUGCUCGCCACUCCACCUUCUCCAAGGCAUACCAGCACCGCCAUCUGGACAGGCGCCCUACUCCGGACCUUUCCCAGUUACCCACCGGACCCCACACCACUUCACCGUGAUUAUCAAGGGACGUCCAGACACCGUCUCCCUCGAGCGAUUGAAGCCCGCCUACCUGGACUCCGACAUUCCUCCUGCGCCACCGUCCAUCCACUGUGCCAAUGCAAAGCACAACUCGCUCAUGUCUGAGCCUCUUCCACCCGUCCCUCCUGAUUCGCAUCUUUUCCUACCACCUGGACACGUCAAACGCCCCCGCGUUUCUUGGUCUCCCAACCUGGCAACCAACCACUCACUGUUUCCAGCACCUCGCUAG